AUGCAUGUCGACGAGGACGAGGCUGUCCUGGUGUCUCUCGGCGAGGCGAUCGUGGAGGGCGGCGACAGCGUGGCGUGCGCGGACGCGCAGAUGGCAAAUGCCGUCGGGCCCUUGCGGGGGGAGGCCGCCAGCUUGGAGCAGUGCCGUGCUGUGCCGACGCAACAGGGCACUGGUGAGGACGCGACCGAUGAGGAGGACGAACUCGUUGUUGAGGACCGUGGAGUGUUCGAUGGUGUGGCCUUUCUGGACGCUUCCGACUCCGAGUUCGAGGAGGCUUCUGGCGGAGCUAAAAUGCUGAUCGUUCGCGGGGUUGGGCCUGACGCAGGCCCGGCGGUCGCCAUUGCAUGCUUUGCCUCACCGCCAGCGCUGGCCCGCAGCGAGGCUACCUUGGCCUACCUGGAGGAGUGUGCCUUGUACUCCGAGGACCUCUCCUGCCCCCCCGACUCGGGAGCAGCCGCGCUCGCCAGGGAGCUCGAGGUCACGCAAAGCGCGUGGUGGGCCGCGAGGGCCAGCAUUGCCCGCGAGUGGCUGGGCGAGCCGUCGGGCGAGAGCCAUGCGCCCGCGGGUUGCGGCGCGCUGGAGGGAUGCUCAUGCGCGGAGGCCUCGAUCCAGGCGGAGGCCAAGCUGACGGUACAGGUCGUCUUGCUAGGGCAGAGUAUGUUCAUUCUGAAGCCAGUUGCCGACUAUCUAGCGGAGCUGAGGCGCCAGGUCAGCGAGCUUCGCCGCAGUCCGCUGGACCUCGAGGUGAUCGAGUCGCUCUCGCUGGGCGGGGAGGCGGAGAUCAUCGAGGAGGUGUCGCAAGAAGGGGCAGAGGUAGAGGAGCACUUGGGAUCCAUGGAGCUCGACUGCGAGGCCGUCGUGCUCCCUCGAGCCCCCGAG